GCACCGCUGUCAGUGCGGCGGAGUGCGCGAGCGGCGCGGGCGGAGGGCGGGCAGAUCGGAGAGAAGCUGAGGGGGCGGUAGCGGCGGCGGGGGCGACUCCCGCGCGUGUGCUCAGCUCAUCACGCUGCGGCCGGGGCCGCCUUCUUCCUCCCUCCCUCGCUCCCUCCCUUCCGCCCCCGAGUGCGGCGGCACCGCCUCCUUCCGCGCCGCGCGGCUUUCUCCAGACCUCUCAGCGCGGGUGAGUGGGGGUCGCAGGCGUCUCCUUAAAGGUGAGCCCUCUUCUGUGAGGCAGUUGGUGCUGACCCUGUAACGCAGAAGUGGAAAUUGCUGGCUGAGCUCAGCCUUGGUACUGGUGGCCACCAUGUCCUUGAAGAUCCAGACAAGCAACGUAACCAACAAGAAUGACCCCAAAUCCAUCAACUCUCGAGUUUUCAUCGGAAACCUCAAUACAGCUGUGGUGAAGAAGUCUGAUGUGGAGACCAUCUUCUCCAAGUAUGGCCGUGUGGCCGGCUGUUCUGUGCACAAGGGCUAUGCCUUUGUCCAGUAUGCCAAUGAGCGCCAUGCCCGGGCAGCUGUGCUGGGAGAGAAUGGGCGGAUGCUGGCCGGGCAGACCCUGGACAUCAACAUGGCUGGAGAGCCAAAGCCCAACAGACCCAAGGGGCUAAAGAGAGCAGCAUCUGCCAUAUACAGUGGCUACAGCUUUGACUAUGAUUACUACCGGGACGACUUCUACGACAGGCUCUUCGACUAUCGGGGCCGCCUGUCACCAGUGCCAGUGCCCAGGGCAGUCCCUGUGAAGCGACCCCGGGUCACAGUCCCCUUGGUCCGACGUGUCAAAACCACCAUACCUGUCAAGCUCUUUGCCCGCUCCACAGCUAUCACCGCCGGCUCAGCCAAGAUCAAGUUAAAGAGCAGUGAGCUGCAGACCAUCAAGACAGAGCUGACCCAGAUCAAGUCCAACAUCGACGCCUUGCUGGGCCGCUUGGAGCAGAUUGCUGAGGAGCAGAAGGCCAAUCCAGACGGCAAAAAGAAGGGCGAGAGUGGCAGCGGCGGCGGCAGUGGCGGUGGCAGCAGUGGUGGCGGCAGUGGUGGCAGCAGCCGGCCGCCGGUCCCCCAAGAGGACACAGCUUCUGAGGCAGGCACGCCCCAGGGAGAAGCACAGGCUCGAGACGACGGUGAUGAGGAGGGGCUGCUAACACACAGCGAGGAAGAGCUGGAGCACAGCCAGGACACAGACACGGAGGAUGGGGCCUUGCAGUAAGCAGUCUGACAGGAGCAGUGACCACCGGCAGAAGGGCAUACACUGUACCAGGCCUCAAGCUGGGCACUCACCCUUGGAUACCACCCCCAGCGGGUCCCAGAGGAGAGCUGGCAGCAGGCACCACCUCCCUCACGCGUCCCAGCCAGUGCCACAUUCUCUGCAGGUGGAGUUAUCAGCAUCCCCUCCUCACAUACCCUCCUUGUUGGCACUGCCCAGGCCAGAGGGCAGAGCACAGAGUUUCCCUACACUCUGCCUCCCCUCCCCAGGACACUCCCAGGCUUGGGAUUUUUCUAUAGGUUUGGAGGGGGGUGGGCCCACAGGGAGGGGACCCUGACAAUAAAGACAUUGGAUCCCAA